AUGCCUCAAAUGGCUUCAGCCACGGCCAGCGUGCCUCGGAUCUACCGCCUGAUUCUCUUGACCAUCGAACCUUUCUUCGCUUUGAUGGGCGCAAUCCUUGUUCUCGUUGAUGCGAGCACCUAUCUCGGUGGUAUCACGCGUCACUCCGUCGCCUUUGAACCCGACACGACAUUCCUUUACACCGCUCUUGGUGGUUCUUGGCUGUACUUCGCCUUCGUAGAGGCUGUGGUCUUGCGACUGUUCGACGACCUCGCGCUUUGGAGGGUCCUGUGUACGGGAAUGUUAUUGAGCGAUGCAGCGUUCUGCCACAGCACAGCCCAGGCAGUGGGAGGCUGGGGUGUAUAUGUCAACAUGGGAGAUUGGACUCCGGAGGAUUGGGUAGCGCUCGUAACUACCGCACCGAUGGUGUUGACACGGAUCCUGUUGGUGCUAGGGGUCGGAAUCAAGCGAUUGCCAAUAGGAGUGGUGAAGCAAGAGUGA